CCUGACAUCAAUUCGUCAGACUUCCAACUGCUUAGUGAGCGGGUGGCAAGAUGAAGAAACUCGUGGUUUUAUUCGCAAUUGUCUGUCCCAUUUUCGCUGAUGUUCAGCAAUACGAUGGCUACCAAGUGUACGAGGUGACUGCCAAAACUAUUCAUCAACUGCAGGACUUGAUUGAUUUGGAGCAAUCGGGAUCGUACGAUUUUUGGAAUAGGAUUGGUUUCAAUGCACCAACAGACAUCAUGGCAGCCCCGGAUCAAAUCAAUCAAUUAACAGAUUACCUAUCAAAAUCCAACAUAGAAUACCGGAUGAAAAUUAGCAACGUCCAACAACUCAUCGACCGUCCAAAAGCGUCGGCGAAAUUGGGACCACAUUCACCUCGUUACAAUUUGACGUGGGAUAACUAUUAUCGAUACGACGACAUCGUCGAAUUCGCCUACGAAUUGGCGGCAAGUUAUCCGCAAUUGGUUAGCGUUUCCAGCGCUGGCCAAAGUUACGAGGGCCGUGAAAUGAUUUUGAUGAAAAUUUCCAGCGGAGGAGACGGAACUAAGAAUGCCAUCUUUGUCGAUGCAGGUAUCCAUGCACGCGAAUGGAUCGCGCCGGCCACCGUGACUUACAUCAUCCGAGAGUUGGUAGAAAAUUAUGCUUCCCAUCCACAGUACAUCGACGACGUCGACUGGUUCUUCAUGCCACUCAUCAACCCCGACGGCUACGAAUUCUCCCACACCAACGUUCGAUUGUGGCGCAAGAACAGGCGGCCCAACGACGACGUCAACUCCACUUGCAUUGGGACAGAUCUAAAUCGAAAUUUCGGUUACCACUGGAACGAAGGUGGAUCUAGCGACAGUCCUUGCAACGAGAUGUAUCACGGUCCCGAAGCCUUUUCAGAGGCUGAAUCCAGGGUGGUCCGUGAUGCCAUUUGGGCUGAAGCUAAUCGAACUAAAUCUUACAUGACUGUCCAUUCAUAUGGUCAAUAUUGGUUGACUCCUUGGGGUUAUACGGCUGAAUUGCCAGAUGAUUACGAUCAAAUGUACGCGCUGGCAGCAGAGGCAGUAGUGGCUUUGACGGCAGUUUACGGCACGCAAUACGAAAUCGGUUCUGGAACAAUUUUACUCUACCCAAACAGCGGACCGAGUGAUGACUGGGCAAAGGGUGUGGCCGGCAUUCCUUAUUCAUAUACAAUUGAGCUGCGUGAUAAAGGACCCGUCUACGGAUUUCUUCUUCCACCAGAUCAAAUUAUACCGUCGGGCAUUGAAACGUGGGAGGCAUUCAAAGUCAUCGCCGAAAAUGUGGCAAAAAUGCCUUGAUAUAAUUUCCGUGCAACUGAGUUUGAUUCAAUUGCGUUCGCUGAUUACAACGUGAAACAUUAAACUCGGAAUAAACUAUAAAAAAAAGGAG